AUGAUCGUCAACGGAAUGGAGAUUGGCGAAAAGGUUGAGGACGGCGACUCUGUAACAGUUGUCACGGCUGUCUGGAUCUCGGACUUGGUCUUUGUGACCGUUGCAGUCCCCUCGGUGAUCUCCUUUGUCGUCACAGACGGAGUGGCCACGGUGACGGUCGUUGUGGCCUUCUCCGAAGUCGAGGUUGAAGCCGCACCGGCCGAAGAAGACGCAACCACGAUAAUGGUCGUGGUGGCCACGUCAGAAUGGCUCACUGAUGUAGAGGACGAGGUGAUUGUGCCAGACGUUUUGACCGUGACAGAGGACUUAGUCGUGCUCGAGGUUGUACUAGCAGACAGAGACGUGCUGCUUGCAGUGGUCGUGCCAGACGAGGAGAUCCCCAGAAUGUUUGCGGCCGUGAUCUUGUCGACGCAGCCGACUAGCACACCGCUCGUCACAUUCUCUGGCAUGGCGAAACAGCUGGUUCCGGCUCCACAGGUCGAAAGGAUCGCGAAUUUGCUCUGGCUGGCGUCGCACUCCAUCAGGUUGCCGUCGAUGCAGGCUGCUUGGCCGCUGGAGCAGGCUGUGUCCGUAGUCGUGACCGCAAACACCGUGUUCAGGCGCUGUGCGGUGGCCAGAUUGUUGGCGUAUACAGCCGAAGACACCGUCGUGGCCGUUCCUGUCGGUGCUGUCGACUGUACGAUUGUCGGCAAAAUCGUGUUAGUCAGCGAGGCUGUCAGGCUGGUAGCCGCAGAGGAUACAGACGAAGCAGAUGAAGAUGAUGUCGAUGUUGUCUUCUGGGUGGACGAGGUCGAGAUUGACAGUGUUGAAGACGACGAGGUUCCCGAGGCUGAUGUUGAUGACGUUGAGGACGUCGAUGAGACCGAAGAGGAGGUCUUCUGUGGUGAUUUCACGGUGGUCACACCAGAAGCGGUUGCCAGGAACGGCGAAGGUGUCACGCCGGCAGUUCCAGCUGCAGUCGUGCCGUUGGCGGUCGCGUGUCUAGCAAUUGAGCUACUGGAAGGGGUUGCUGAGGCCAUGGUUGUGGACAAUGUCUCAAGUGCAACGCUGGACGAUGUGGACGACGUGGACGACGUGGACGACGUUAUUAACGACUUUGUAGCUGCUGCCGUAGACGCAUUCUUGCUGCCGCUUGUGAGAGGAAUCACAAGGCCGUCCGACGUGACGAAUGUGACGGUCUGCGAGGUUUGUGGCGCUGACAAGGACGACGAUGACGAAGUGGCAGCCGUCAAAGCGGUGACUGUCGGAUUUUUUUGCGUCGUGGUUGCUGAGGAGCUGGAUGCAGUCGAGCUAGUUGCUGUCACGCUGGUUGCUGUUGAAGUGACUGUUGAACUGGAUGCUGUCGAACUAGACAAUGUCAAACUGAUAGCCGUCGAACUGGCUGUCGAACCGGUUGUUUUCAAGCUGACUGCCGUAGUUUCAUCAGAAGAGGUGAACGUUACCAAAUUAGAUGUCGUCGCCGUCGUGCUGGAUAGGGGACCCAAAUUGAGACUGUUUGCCAUAGUCAGUGGUGUCGAUGACGUUGAUGAUGUAGCAACCAGAUUGGCAGUGGCAGCAAUUCUUGUAUCGUUGAAAUAG